CGCUCAAGUCUGCCUUAAUGUUCUACCUGGACAUUUCAUAAACUUUCGAUUGCGACUAUAGGACAUGGUUAACUGAUCACUAACCUUCAAUGGCAUGGUUCUGAUCAAUCUGGACCCAAACUCAUGGGCUGGUGAGUUGACAUGUCUGGGGCAUGGGAAGCGAAGGGCAGGACAUACAAUUGAAAAAGACAGAGGGAGAGAACAGAAAGACCGAAAGAGAGGAUGAGGCUGAAGGGUCACAUGUCCAUAUCUCGUCGUCCUUCCCUUUUCUUUACCAACAUUCCCACCUGCAACUAAAUUUGACUUCAAACUACAUCCUCCAAUCGACACAAUGACAUUCCGAAAUUUCCCACGGCACAAAUCCUUAUUACUCACAGCCCAUUAUCCCAGUUGCAUUCGAUAAGCUUAUCAACUCGGGAUGGCUUAUGACAAAUCGACAUGACUGGAGACAGCUGCUCGUGCUGUCUCAUCUGUGGUCUCCCCAGCUUUUUCUGGGCAAAUGUGCUCCACCGGCCAUCGCGCAGACCUUCUCGAUCUGGCAAUGCUCGCUGUCGGCUUAUCUUAUCGCUACCCCGGCUAUCGCUUCCCCGGUUCCUCGAUGCCUGCAGAAUGCAUCUAUGACCCUAUCGCUCAUGGUCCGAGGCGCUCAUCCCCCUCCUGUAGCAUGGCAAUAAAUACCCCAACUGGUGGC